ACAUAUCACACGGUGUCGCGUUGCAGAGAACUUCGACAGGAGCUCGCCGGAGUAAUCAGCUGGGAACAGGACUCGCGUUCCUUUAGAGCAUCUGGACAUUGGCGGGUCCUGAGGGUUUUCUCCUCAUCUCUAGCUGAUGUUCAGAGAAAAUGGCUUGUUGUGUAGUCCCUCGUCGCUGUCUCUGCUCUCUGAAGACGCCUACGAUCUGAGCGACGAAACGAAAGUAAGCUGGGAGCGUGUAGCCGAAAAGUGUCAGCUUCCAGCAAUGGCCCCCAAGAGCAAGAACCUUUAUUUCAUCACUACUGCAACGACUGCCUUGCAUGGUGUCAGAGCAGGCCAGAUUUGUUACAUAAAUGAGGACCUAUAUUCACUAAGAAAGGACCCGAAGAGUGACACCUUGCCUGUGAUCGUUCUUGGUUCUGUAUUCGAUCGUAACCUGCCACUUGAAGUGCUGGAGCCACUGACAAAGCAGGAGGCAGAGUAUCUGUUGGCUCUUGAGACACCCAAAGAGAGACUGGAAGAAUUUAUACAGUCAAAGAAUCUGAAGCAGGCAGAGGACUUGCUUCAAGGUUGUGAAGUCAGAGUGGAGCAGAACGGAGAGUGGCUCAAAGGAGUUGUUAGAUACAUCGGCAGGCUCAAAGAACCAGUAAUAGAUCCCAUAGCAGGAGUAUAUUUUGGAGUUGAACUACAGGGAGAAGACACGGGGAAAGGCGAGAAUGAUGGAACCUACCAGUUCAAAACCUUUUUUACAUGUCAGAAGAAUUGUGGUAUUUUUGCCCCCUUUAACAGAAUCAAUCCAAUGCAUACCAAACCAUCAUGCUUUUGCCAUGCAACUCUGUCUGGCCUACCUGAGACUCCCAUAGAGAAGUUCUCUGUUGGAGACCGUGUAGUUUAUUUUAUUGGUAGUGAACAUCGCCAUGGCAUGGUUGUGAAGCUAGAUGAGGAAAAAGGCACCGUUCUCAUCUCAACAGAAAGGGAUGAAAAUGGGAGGGACGGAGGGGAGACAGUCGUGUCAGUGAAGUAUGUUUAUAAAGAGGACGAUUUAAACAAAGAUGAAACAGAAAGAAAGGACACUUCAGAAAGUCCAGAAAUUGCCAUGGCUUUGGGCAUUAAUGCAGACAUAAGCAAGAAUUCCAUGGUGGAGGUGAAUUUGGGGAAAGGACCUGCCUAUGGAACUGUCCGCUGGAUUGGCUGUCUCCCUGGAAAGCCUGAACUCAUGGCUGGGCUGGAACUGGAAGAGGAUUGUGGAGUGAAUGAUGGUACAUUCAAAAAUCAUCGCUUUUUCACAUGUCCGCCAAAACGUGGUCUGUUUGUGAAACUCACCUCUUGUCAGCCUGAUGCCCGUUUUCUGGGUGGACAUUUCAGUCAUGAUGGGGUGGGUGCAUCAGCUGUGCAGGACAGUGUCCCACCUGUUGGAUCUGAGGAUGUGCUGAAGGUUUUGACUGGAAGGAUGAAGGGUAUCCAGGGUCACUGUAACUCCUGCUACAUGGACUCUGCCCUUUUCAGUCUGUUUUCCUGUUCAUCAGUACUGGACUCUUUGCUAUUUAAAGUCACUAAGCAGAAUGAAGAACCCAUCCAGAAAACCCUUCGAAGGGACAUUGUGUGUCCUCUGCGCAGCGAGGGCUUUGUAGCUAACCGCAGCGUGAUGAAGCUUCGCCAGCAGUUGCAGGACCGAGGCCACUCUCCUAGCUACACCACAGAUGAGAAAGAUCCAGAAGAGUUUCUUACUCUCAUCAUGCAAGACAUUCUGUCACUGGAGCCGCCACUCAAACUGCAGACAUUUGGAGGGAAGGUGGAAAGUAGUUACUUUUACCAAAUCUUUGUGGAUUAUAACAACUCUCUGGUUUUACCAACGGUUCAGCAGCUGCUGGAGCAUUCUUUCUACAACAGUGGCCUCAGAUUGGCAGAGGUGCCCUCUUGCCUGAUCCUCACCAUGCCUCGCUCUGGGAAGAAGUUUAAAAUGUUUUCAAAAAUCAUUCCUUCACUAGAGCUGGACAUCACUGCUCUUCUGUCCAAUGGUCCUCAGCAGUGUGUGGUUUGUGGACAGCUGGCACAUGUGGAGUGCACCGAAUGCUUUGGAGAUCCAGUGUUUAGCAGUACAGGAUUCAAACUUUUCUGUGACACAUGCUCAGCUCAGGUCCAUUUGCACCCCUGCCGGCAGUUCCAUAAGCCCACUACCCUGGGCCUCCCUGAAGGAUUUCUCUCAGCUCACAUUCCACGAGAAAAACUGGAGCUGUUCGCUGUGCUGUGCAUAGAGACCAGCCACUAUGUUUCCUUCGUCAAACAUGGACCAAAAACAGCUGACUGGAUCUUCUUUGAUAGCAUGGCUGAUCGAAUGGGGGACCAAGAUGGCUACAAUGUCCCACAGGUUAAGGAGUGCCCAGAAGUGGUGCGCUACCUCACUAUGCCUCUUGCUGAGCUGGCUGCGCAGGUGCCUAGAGAGAUGGAAGGCGUGGCAAAGCGGCUUUUCUGCGAUGGCUACAUGUACAUGUACCGGAGCCCCAACAUGGCACUCUAUCGCUGACCUGACCAGCUAUCAACAAACACACAUACUCAUACACAAAAACUGACACACAUCCAUUCUGAAGAUCCCUGAUGCUUGUACAAUAAUCGGCCUAAAGCUUGAACAUAAACAGGAGUGUGCUUCUGAAUAAUAAUAUUACACAGUAUAAUAUUACACAGAAGCUCACUCUUGUCUAGGUUUAAGCUUUAGACUGAUUAUUGUACAAAUAUUUAUACUCCAGUUGUAUAAAAGAGAGGUUCUCAAUUCUGGUGAUAGAAUACCACUGUCUGGCAUGUUAGUUUCCUCUAGUCUCAACACACAUGAUGAACUUUCCACACAUGUCUGGAGCACUACAACAUGCAGGGUAGUGAUACUCCAGGACCCAGACUGAGAACCACUGCUGUAAAGCUUUGUUGUCCUAGAUUGUACGUCAGGGUAUACUUGUAAAUGCACUUUGUAAACUUGAUGGCCACCUGAAUUGCUCUGAAAGUAGGGUGCUACUCAAAAAAAGUAUACUACCUUGAAUCUGUCUUUGUAAAUAGAACCUUUGCUACACUUUUUAACCAUCACAAUGUUAAUUUCUGGUAGAUGUUAUUACUGAAUCAGAUGGAGAUGCAUUCUCCAAGAAAAGGUAGAAAGACAUUAAUCUUUUUUUUUUUUUUUUUAAUUAUCAAUCAAAUAAUUCCAGAGAUGCUUUGCUGCCUUAUUUCUUCUGAAGCCAAAGUUCCACGGUCUAUAUUCUGUUGGGAAGGCUUUACUCUAUAUGUUGGAGCACUGGUGUGAGGAUUUGAUUGCAUUCAUCUGCAAAAGCAUUAGUGAAAUCAGAAGCUGAUGUUGUUUGUUUGGAAUGCCACUCCAAUUCAUGGUAAUGUUGCUUCGUCACUCCAGUGCAGUUUCACUGCUCCACAGCCAAACAUACAGAAUCUAGACAUUAAUUAUGCCCUUGUGAUUACGGGGUCUAGACAGUUAUUUUGAACCAAGAUGACAACCUGUGGUAUGAAGUGGUGCAAUCGGGAUACAAAUUGCGAAGGCUUUGCUAUACUUUGGUUCGCAAGUUCUUGUGGAAUAAAUAGUUCUGUCUCGAUACUACUGAUAAAGGGCUCUUUCGUAUGGUUAGUUCUUGGGGGAAGUGAGGAUACUUUUAAUAGUGGGUGUUCAGAGGGGAGAAUGAGUUUAUGUGGUAGAGCAGGAAUAUGGACUUAAAUAUUUUUGAUUUGAUUACUGAUUUCGUUGUGCACGCAGUACAAUCACAUGACAUCUCAGGGAAAUUGGUUUAAUGGAUAAUGUUAAAACCUAAUAAAAAAAAGAUGCUUUAAUCAAA